GUUCUUCAAACUUCACGAGAGGAAGUGCGAACCGAUUAUCAUGACCGUCCCUCGGAAGUCUGACCUCUUUCAGGAUGACCUCUAUCCUGACACAGCUGGGCCCGAAGCCGCCCUGGAAGCCGAGGAGUGGUUUGAGGGGAAGAACGCCGACCCCCUCCUCAUCUCCUUGAAACACGGCUACAUCCCAGGGAAAAACCGGGACCUCAAGGUGGUCAAGAAGAACAUCCUGGACAACAAGCCGGCUGCCAACAAGAAGAGUGAUCUCAUCAGCACCCCAAAGAAAGCGAUGGACACCUCAAACCCUCAAAACGAAGCCAAAUUGGAAGAAAUCUUGAAGGAGCUCCGGUCGCUAAAAGACACAAUCGCGCAUCAGGACGAGCGCAUUUCCAAAUUAGAACAGCAGGUGGCGAAGAUGGCCGUCUGA